GUGGUGCUGUUCUCCCGGCCGCCCGCGGAGGGCGGGCCGGGGGCCACCGGGAGGUUGCUGCUGUCGUGCCCGGUCGCGGUGCAGCACGAGCCGGACGAGCGGGGUGCCGAAGAGCCACACGUGGCGCUCCUCAGCCGAACAGGCGGGGAGGCCCUGGACACCAUCCCGCUGCUGGGCCCGGGGGCGUCUGGCGCCGGCGGCGCGCAGGCCGUGGCGGACGUCGCGGAGGAUGGCCGGCUGGCCGCCUGCGGCCCCGUCCUGGCGCUGCCGCCCGGCCAGCUGGCCCGCUGGCCCCUGGCGGCGCGCGAGG